CGGACAUUUUCAGUUUCUCAGACGCGAUGCGGCUGCAGCAGACAUGUAAACAAAGCGUGUAAGUUUGUGUGUGUGCGCGCGGUAAAUCUCUGAAAAUGGGAAAGCGGGACAACCGAGUGCCGUACAUGAACCCCAUAGCUGCUGCUCGAGCCAGAGGACCUACACCUGCCAGCGGCCCCACUAUACAGGAUUAUCUCAGCAGACCUCGACCAACAUGGGAGGAAGUGAAGGAGCAGCUGGAGAAGAAGAAGAAAGGCUCUAGAGCUUUGGCUGAUUUUGAGGAUAAAAUGAAUGAGAGAUGGAAGAAGGAACUGGAGAAAAACCGAGAGAAAAUCCUGGGAGGGGGUGAGAAGAAAGAAAAAGAGAAAGACAAGGAGAAGGAAAAGAAAGAGAAAGAAAAGGAUAAAGACAAGAAAGAGAAAAAGAAAAAGGAAAAGAAAAAAUCCAGUAGGCAUUCUUCGUCUUCUUCCUCCUCCUCAUCGAGUUCUGAUUCCUCCAGCAGCUCGUCAUCCGAGUCUGAAGAUGAGGAUGAAAAGAAGAACAUGAAGAAGAAACGGAAAAGGAAGCGAUCCUCGGCACGGAAAGCAUCAGAAGACUCUGAUGCAGAGUCAGAAACGGACAGCAAGGAAUCGUCCAAAAAGAAAAAGAAAAAACUCAGGGAGGAGGGAGAGAAAGAUAAGGACGAAAAGGGCAAAAAGGACGAGUCUGAAUUAGACGAUGAUGGUGAAUCCAGAAAGAAGAAACGCAGUAGUGAAGAGAAGGAGAAGAGCACAGACAAAUCAAAGAAAAAGAAGAAGCGGAAGCAUAAAAAACACAGCAAGAAGAAAAAGAAGAAGAACUCAGGAUCAGAUGUAGACAAGAGUGCAGGAAUGUGGAAUCCUGACUGAACUGAAUAUGUUUGGAGCCCUUCCCUGUCGCUGGAAAACCUGACUGAUGUCUGCCAGUGGGACUGUGAAAGCUGCUCGUGUGUAGCAGUGUGUCUUCCUGCUUAAGCAGGGUGAUGAUUGUGUGUGUGUGUGGAUGGAUGGAUGGAUGGAUGGGUGGGUUGUGUGUUGGGGGUUUGAGAAGGGCUUGAAUUCACUUUAUUUUUUGUUAUUUUAAUUUUUGCUUGAGUUUUUUUUAAGCAGAAGUUUGUGUGUCCCAAUAAAGCGCUGUUCUAACA